AUGGGAACCGAGGUGGUGCGGCCCCAUGACUGCCUCCUCCGCCGGACCAGAAACGCCUCCUCCAGGCGCGUGGUUGGCAGAAGAAACGAUUCUCUGAAGGAAGCGAAGCCGAGGAAGCGCGAGGCCACGCUCGCCGGCUUUAGGUCGGAGUGCGUCUCGGGGCGGAUGGCUCGGGAUGCGGCGGCCUUGAGAGAGGUUCGGGCGAAGACGUUUUCGACAACGCCUCAGGACGUGUACGCGGGGUCGGCGUGCGCGCUCUCACCUUCGCCGCGAGCAUUGCCGCUGCCGAGAUUCUCGAGGAGGAAAGAGGAGUCGUCGGCGGCGGCUACAUCGGUGGAUCCCUUCGCCACCAGGGACUUGAGGCGGUUGCUUCGGCUCGAAUGA